CCACUCUCCAUGUCCACCGCUCAAUCCAUCCGGCGUUUUCCUCGUCGUCUCAUGGCUUCCCUCAGCGAUUACUCCCUCCGCCAACGGCGGUUCGCCCCCAUCCACCCCUACAAGCAGUCCUCCGCACCCCCGCUUCAGGGCAUCGUCUUUGACGUAGACGGCACCUUAUGUCUCCCCCAAAACCACAUGUUCACUGAAAUGCGAGAAGCCCUCAACAUCGACAAAAAAGUCGACAUCCUCCACCAUAUCAGCCGUCUCCCCACCCCAGAAGCUCGUCUCGAAGCCGCCAACAAAAUCAAAGCCAUCGAGCGCACCGCCAUGACCACCCAAGAACCCCAGCCGGGGCUAGUCGAGUUAAUGGAUUUUCUUGAAGAGCGGGGGGUGAAGCGUGCUUUGUGUACGAGGAAUUUUGAAGCCCCCGUCCUCCACCUCCUUAAUAACCAUCUCCCCGCCCACGUCUUCCUCCCCAUCAUCACCCGCGAAACACCAGGGUUAAUGCCCAAGCCCGAUCCUGCGGGGAUCUUGUUCAUUGCGAAUGAGUGGGGAUUGGAUGGUGGGGCCGGCGGGUUGAUUAUGGUUGGCGAUAGUCUCGAUGACAUGACAGCCGGACAUACCGCCGGCGCAGCGACAGUACUGCUCCUGAACGACCAUAACGGGCAUUUAAAAGACCAUGCCCAUACGGAUCUGUGCAUCGAGAGACUAGACGAGUUGAUUGACAUUUUGGAUUCCGGAUUCGUAGGACAUCGUGGUGGGGGAAAGGUACCCACGGGUACGGAUCAGGGGAUACAGUACAUAUAGAGUCUCUUGUACAUUGAACACAUGGAACAUAGUUCGGGGCUGUACAUACGGGCGGACUCUUGGAUUACAGACGCAGAUGCAGGUGCAGACGAGCUUUUGAUAUACACAUCUAUCAAUCAAUCAAACCCCGGGGUAUAGCUGUACACACAGGAAACGCCAACCGAAGAGUCAACGACCUGUCUUCAUCAUUAUUCAUCAUACCAAUUUCAUCACAGUCGGUACUUGUCCCAUGCCUUUUUGGCUGCGCUAGGAAGCGGACGAUAGGCAUCACCGCCGCCGCCACCGCCGCCUCGCUUGCCGCCACGGCCUCCUCCGCGGCCCCCUCCGCGUCCGGGAUUGCCGUUGCCUCUGGUCGAAGGACGGCUCGGGAGUGAACCCCGUCCGCUAUUCGGUUGCCAGCUAUCUCUGCCGCGUCCGCGCGAGGGACGGGGAUUAGGAGAUAAUGACCGCUGGCGGGAGUUGUUGCCAGAUGAGUAGUUGUUAU